CACAACCCUUGUCCUUGUCAAAAAUCAGAAAGUCUUGAUUCUUGAAAGUGUAUUUUAAUUUUUAGUGGAAAAUUUCUUCAAUAGGAAGUGGCAGACCUGGAUUAUCCAACAUAUUAAAUACUUUUCUCAAAGUACCAAUUUAUACAGUCGUGAGAGGUUUGAAAAUGGUUCGUACCUACUACAGAAAGACUGAAAAGGUGCCUAGAGAAAUAUUGAUUGGUGCACUGAGGCACUUGAAAUUACUCGAUAAUCUUAAUUUGCAAAAGAUAGCAUAUAGAAAAGUAGCCGAAGGUUUUGGCAUUCCUAAGUCAACCCUUUUCAGUCACUAUCAAAAAGUGAAAGAUCUUGAUUCCAUCCCUGAAAACUAUUUGUCGAAUGAAGUGCAUAACAGACAAAUCCUUAAGUACAAAGAAGAGGAGGAAAUUGUGGAAUAUCUCAAGCUUGCAAUGGAGAGUAACCAUUCGUUGACUCCUAGUGAAGUGAGAAAGCUCGUUUAUAGCUUUGUUAUCGGCAAUGGAAUAAAAUGUCCUUUAAUGUGGCAUGAAAACCACACUGCUGGAGCUGAUUGGUUCACAUCAUUUAUGAAGAGGAACAAGUGCCUAUCUCUAAGAAAAGCUGAAGCUACAAGUCAAGCUAGAGCUGCCGGAUUCAAUUACCCAGUUGUUAACGCUUAUCAACAGCAAUUGGGUGCUAUAUUUGCCCGUCAUACGUAUCCACCAGAUCGCAUCAUCAAUAUUGAUGAAACUAGCGAUCAAACUGUGAUGGCGGCUGAAAUUGUUGUUGCUAUUCGUGGUACCAAGCAGGUUCGUCAAACCACAGGUGCCGAGCGAGGAACUAAUGUUUCCAUGAUCUGCUUUGGAAACGCUGCAGGUGGGUUUAUUCCUCCAGCUUUUGUCUUUCCGCUAAAGAAAGUAAACAGACAAAGUAUGAAUAACUCAAUUCCUGGUUCAAUCGCUUUCGCCAACGGGACUGGUUGGUUUGAUGGAAAGAUUAUGGUGGAUGUCAUAGAACAUUUACAGCGUUAUGUGAAAAGCAGCAAGGAAAAUCCAGUCCUAAUCAUUUGGGAUAAUUUCACAGCUCACUUGGAUUAUCUAGUAGUUAAAAACGCAAAAGAAUACGGUAUGGAGAUAAUUACUUUGCCUCCCCACACAUCCCAUGAGCUACAACCCUUGGAUGUGUCGGUGUUUGUAGCACUGAAAAAGUAUAUUAAGGCAGCUCACAUGAUGUGGUACCGUAAUAAUCCUGGAAAGCGAAUUACCAUCCAUGAAGUUGCAGGAUUAACAAGGGAGCCUUUCUAUAAGGCUAUGACUCCUACCAACUUAAUUUCUGGUUUCAAAAGAGCUGGGAUCUACCCUUUCAUAAUGUUUCAACCUGACGACCCCCGUUUCUCAUCAUCUUUGGUUACUGAUCUGCCAGCUACAUCGCAACAACAGAUUGCAGAAGCUCUCUUUGUUGAUGAAAUGCAGACCCCGAUACAUUCCAUGGAGAUUGAAGUUUCGAACAACAUUCACACGGUGGAGAGGGAAGAUAAUGGAAUGGAUAUUACACAGGAAGAAGUCAACGUCCCAACUAUCGACUGUCGUGUUUUUGGCAGCACAGUAGCUUCGACGCAAGCUGAAAAUUUUCAGCCAAUGCCAAAUAAUGCUAGUGAAAUUGUUGAUGGAGUAGAUGGAGUAAAUCAAGAAAGAGCAGGCAACUGUGAAACUUCCGGUAGCACGAAUGUGAGAGUAAAACGUGUACGUUUAGAAGAAAUUAUGCCAAUUCCAAAAGUUAUACAAAUUGGCCCAAGACAAAAGAACAGAACCCGUAUCGGAAGAAGCCGCGUUUUAACUGAUCCCGAGGAAAUGAAUCAACUACAAUUGGACUAUUUAAAAAAACAAGAAAAGGAGCAAAAUAAAGAAAAAUUUAAGAAAACACGAUCAGCUAAGCCUCUCUUGUCGAACAAAGAAAAUAUCUCAGGAAAAGGUAAACUCGUCGCUGGCAAAAGCAAUAUGAAUUCACUUCCCGAAAAGGAGCCUUUACAGAAAACACGAUCGGCUAAUACUCGCUUGUCGAACAAAGAAAAUAUCCCAGUCGCUGAGAAAAGCAAUAUGAAUUCAGUUCCCGAGAAGGAGCCUUUAAAGAAAACACGAUCGGCUAAUCCUCGCUUGUCAAACAAUGAAAAUAUCCCAGAAAAAGGCAAACUCGUCGCUGGGAAAGACAAUCUUACUUCAGUUCACGAAAAGGAGCCUUUAGUCGUCCUAAGCCUUCAACCUCGAAUUGCCAAAAAACCAGCUUUUUUAGCACAAAACUUUUUGUUUGAUUAGGUUAUUCACAUGAGCAAUGCAUUAUUCUGUUGUCUGUGGCUUACGUUGUCUUAUUUAUAAUCAAUGAUUCUUUUUUUGUUUAAUAAGACAAUUUACGAAACCUAAUCUGCCAGACAUUUAAUUAUGUGUUGUACAUUGACAGAUAAAUUGAUUGAACUGGUAACACCUUAUCUAACUGUUUCAUCAUUAAGAACUGGUUAAUAAAUAAACAUUGAAAGAAAAAGACA